UACAAAUUUGUGUUCGUAAACAAGCAAGCAAUAAAAAUGACAAAUUCAAUUGAAAUUAAUGCGGCACUAAAGGAGCUCACCGCUGAAUUUAUGCGGUCACAUCCAAAUUUAAUUUUUGCCAAAGUGCCUACAGUUCAAAGCAAGUGCUAUAAUUUAUGUAAGGAGUUGAAACGAAAGCUCAAUAUUCUUGGCCCGUCAGUUAAGGAUAUCAAAACGUGGCAGAAAGUAUACAAACAUAGAUUUUCCUUUAACUCGUACGACUGCCGAUACGUUCAUGAAACGCCCGAUUCGAUCCAAGAGUUCGAGCGGAACAGACAGACGGAACAGCUGCCAAACACAAAAUAGAGCAAGUUAGAGCAACUCGGAUCAAAGACAACUAAUGAACCAUUUUCCGGGCAACAGUUUUCAAAUGCGAAUG